GGCGAGUGGGGUCAGCGAUCUCGAGGACAUGGGCCGUGGUGAUAGUUUGCUUGAGUAAGUCGAAAGCUUGUUGGCGGCGAUCGUUCCAAUGGAAGGGCUGGUCCUUGGGGGUGAGUUCGUGGAGAGGGUAAGAGAUCUCGGAAAAGUUGYGAAUGAACGGGCGGUAAUAGUUGGCAAGGCCGAGGAAGGAACGGAGUUGGAGAAGGGUCUUGGGUGGCGGGUACUCGACGAGGGCUGUGACCUUCGAGGGGUCCAUACGGAUGCCUUCAGCGGAGACAAUUUGGUCGAGGUAUUUGACGCUCGAAGUGGCAAACAUACAUUUGUUGAGCUUGGCAUAGAUAUUUCGCUCUCGGAGGAUCGAGAGGACUUGGCGGAGGUGCUGAAGGUGGGACUCGAAGGUGGGGCUGAAGACAAGGAUGUCAUCAAGGUAGACGACGACACAGACUUCGAGGAGGUUGCGGAAGAUGUGGUUCAUGGUAGAUUGGAAGGUAGCGACAACAUUGGUGAGUCUGAAUGGCAUCACAAGGAACUCGUAGUGCCCGAUUCGAGAGCGGAAGGCGGUCUUGUGGGUGUCCUCCUCGCGGAUACGGAUCUGGUGGAAGCCACUGCGAAGGUCGAUCUUGGUAAAGUACUUGGCUCCACGGAAAUGAUCAAGGAGCUCAGAAAUCUGAGGUGUGGUGAACUCGUCCGAGGAAGUGAUGGAGGUAGUGUCGUCGAGGGUGAUGUGGUGGAAAAAGCGGGUGCGGGAGGGGCCGGGCGGGGGCUGGUAGUGGGUGUGGAGGAGUCGAUCGUGGUGAAGCAUGCAAGAGAGGAGGUCAGUAAGGGGCAUGUCGGGUUCGUGGGCGAGGGCGGUUGCAAGGUCUUUGUGGCAUACUCGUUUGAUGCGGGAGAUGAACGCAAAGUUGGGAAUGACGGUGUGGGGGAGGUGGUGGCGGAGGGAGGCGACAUAUUGGACGAAGUGGUCCAUGGGACCGUUCUAGCGAAGGUGGCAGAAUUGUUCAAGGUAGUUGUCAAUGGUAUUCUGGGGGCGGAAGGUGGCAGUGAGAAGGUUGGCCCAUUGGAGGAAGGUGUGACGUGGUCCUCCGGAGGCUCGGUGGUUGCUAACUUCAGCCAUCCACCAUUUGGCUGCAUUGUCGAGGAGGCGGGAGGCGGCAAUGGGGAGCCAAGGGGCAUAUGGUGGAGAUCGGAAGGAACGGGGGAUUUCCCCGUCGCGGUGAAAGAUCUGCACGAGGGUGUUGAAGCUGAGAUUAUCGGGGGUGGUGUCGUAGCAGGUGUGGUCGAUUUGGUUGUUGUCCUCAAGGAGGUAGUUGGGGGGGAGUUGUGGCAUUGCGGGGUAAACCCCGGAGGUGACUUGGGAAUAGGUGGGGCGGAUGGUGGGGAUGGUGGAGGUGGUCAUGAUGGGUUGGGAGAGGGUUUGGGAGGAGGAGGUGGAGGGAACAGAACGGUGGUGGAGGUUGAAGGGUUGGUGGAUGUGGUGGUAGAGGUGGUAGGAGUGGAGGAGGUCGGCGGGGGGGUGUUGCUGGAGGCGACUGUGGAGGAGGGAGUGGUUUGCGCUCUGGAGGAGGGAGUGGUUUGCACGGUCGUGAUCACUGUGAUGGAGGGGAUAGUCCCUUCGAUUGUGGUGACGCGGUCACAUAUGGACGACAUGUUGGCCUUUAUGUCGUCGAUAGAGGCGGUGACGGAGGUUCGAAGGGUGUUGAGUGCGUGGAGGAUGGCGGAGAGGUCGGGGAUGGCAAUGUCUUCGCCUGCGAGGUUGCGGGCGAUGCUAUCGACUGAGUCGGUAUGGAUGUCAGACAUGUUGAUGGAGGAUGCGGCCAUUUCAGGGGAAGAGGGGGUGGAGGACAUGGCCUGAACGGGUGCGGAGGAUGAUGCAGCAGUGGUGGCGCCGGCGGCACGUUGGGAGUUCUUGGUUUGGCUGGGUGGCAUGUGGAGGUGGGGGGUCCAAUCCCUUAUUUAUUGAUCAAUAAAUAAAGAUAAUUGCCAAGGUUUUCCAACGAAGAAAAAAAAAUUCCGAAUUUACAAAAUGUCAAAAAAAAAAAUAAAAAAUUUCAAGGAGGAUGAUUUUUCUUUUUUUUUUGAAAAAGGAAAGGAUAAAAGGAAUUUACUAUUUAGGGAUUUUUGUGGAGGCAGUGUGCAAUUUAAUUCGGCAAAAAUGCCCGCAAUAAAUUAAUUCGAGAAAA